AUGCCAACAGAAACAUUCGAUACUUGCCCAAGCCCCGCGCUUGCUCUAGCCGCAGAAGAUGACGUAAGAAAGAGAGAAAGGGUCAUUCGAGCACACAGCAGCACAGCGACCGCUGACAUUUCCGCAGGUAUCGGUCUUGCGAUCGUACGAUAUCUCAUUUCACAAUCGCACAAUGUCGUUAUUCUUGCGAGGAGCGCAGAGAUCCUUCGUCAAUUGCAGCAGGAGCAUCCAAAGCAAGUCCGACCGCUCGCUGGGGAUCUCGCAGACUUUUCGCUUGCCGAUAAAGCGGUAGGCCUAGCACAAAAAGACUAUGGGCGACUCGACGGUCUUGUGCUUAAUCAUGGAGCGAUGUUUGGUGUAAAGAGUUUGGAAGACUGUAACAUUGAUGAUUGGCGUUCUAUGUUCGACAUCAAUCUUUUCAGUGCCGUAGCCUUUACGAAAGCAGCCUUGCCGCCCCUGAGACAUUCCAAGGGCUGUAUAGUCUAUACUUCGACUGGCGCCUCCACAAGUACGUACAGCACUUGGGGCCCAUACAGCACCUCCAAAGCGGCUUUGAACAUGUUGGCCAAGCAAGUUGCUUGUGAGGAGACAGAAGUGACUGCAUUUGCGAUUCGUCCCGGUAUGGUCGAUACGGAGAUGCAACAAAGUCUGAGGGAAACCCAUUUAGCAGGCAUGAAAGAAACAGAGAGAGCGAAAUUUCAGAAUGUGAGUGCACUACUCAAACCAGACCAACCAGCGAAUGUCAUGGCAAAAUUGGCGAUCAAUCCUGACAUGUCCUUGAACGGCCAAUAUCUCAGAAUUGGCAAAAUAUCAGUGAAAUUGUUCACGCUAGAUGCUGUAGCCGUGAGUCAGCAACGGAUCAUCAUUUUGCUUGCACUUUUUCAAUAG